ACAAACACACAUACAGCACGGUCUUAAAGACAUCCUCUCUGCUAUCCUUCCCUCUCUCUCUCUUACCUGAUUCUCAUUUCAGAAACAUAUCGAUACAUCCAUCCACAAUACACUCAGCAAACAUGCGUUCUCCCAAAAACGAACUCACAGCAAAAAAAAAGUCGCUCACCAUCCACAUCGAUACUGAACACAUCGGACCCCAUGGCAUGCCACUUGUCUACGGAUCAACCCCCGAAAAGGUCGGUACCAUCAAAGGCUCCGUCCGGUUCUCAUCCAACUACGACUGUAAAGGACGCGACAUCCAGGUCAUCUACGAGGCAUGGAUCGAAUCACACUGGACAGACGCUCACCACAAACGAGAGCAUCACCACCGCAUGAAAGAGGUCUUUGGGUACCAGACCCUAUCCUUCCCUCUGAUCCAUACUAAACACAACGGCUCGACCGUCGUCGCGGGUGAAUAUGUCAAAGAGUUCACGAUCCCGUUGGUCUGCCUGGCAGGUCAGGCACGAGAGUCCUUCGAUAGCAUAACUUCUGAACGCCCAUCUCCAUCCUCUACCGCCGCCGGCGGUAUUGUCCCAACUUCAUCAUCAUCAUCACCAUCACCGGCUUCAUUAUCAAGUGUCGAGUCGACUGUAUCUGUACCGCCGUCGAGCAAUUACGGACCCCACACAAAGACCCGGUACACAGUGCGUGCAGUCCUGCAGCGACCGUUUCCGAGCCUCUCGAACGUCGAAGCAUCUCAAGAGAUCUGGGUCGUGAACUCACCAGCACCCGACUCCAUCCUGACCCCGCCUCAGAUCGCGGUGUGGACUUGUGAGGAGACAGAGGCGUCGUUGUUGCGUGCCGAGGAGUCCACCUCGGUUUGGAGUGAGCGAUCGUUAUGCGACCCCAAUGCGCGCGAGCCUGCUCGGUCUGGACCUUCAUCAUCAAUAGCAAUGUCGGUCACUCAUCCGCACUCACUUGCGGCUAUGCCCUCGACUCCCUACGGGAACAAACAGUUUACUAUGUUCCUCUACUACUUUUGCACAUUUGUUCUCGGCCUCGCAUUCUGUAAACGAUACUCGGAUGCGAAGGAGAGACGGAAAACAACAGAACCCAUUACACGUUACACCAGGGCGAGGGAAUAAUCUGACUACAAGCAUUGGCUCCGUUUGGCGAAUGCUGCAACGAUGGAUGCACUCUUUUUCCCUCUUUUCACACUUUCCCACUUUCCCACUUCCCUUCUUCUCAGAUUCGCCCUCCCUCAAUCCAUCAGGAACUGUCUUUUAUCUUUCUCAUCUUUUCUCGCUCUUCUGUCUGUCUCUCAUACGUCUCUACUCGAUCUCAAUAAGCACAGUCCAGUG